CCGGCGCCUUGUGGAAAUAUUUGGGAAAUAGCGCGGAGCUGUCCGGGGAGGACGAGCGGCACGGCGAUUCACCAGCUGAGAGGACCUCGUCCGGCGGUGGUGCGUCCGGCGGUGGUGCGUAGGCAAACAAAUAUCACUUGCUGUGUCAUAGCACAUGGAUUUCAGGACUGCCUGUGAAGAGACAAAGACAGGGAUUUGUUUGCUGCAGGAUGGUAACCAGGAGCCUUUCAAAGUGCGACUGCACUUAGCCAAAGAUAUUUUGAUGAUCCAGGAGCAGGAUGUGAUCUGUGUGUCUGGUGAGCCUUUCUAUUCUGGUGAAAGAACAGUAACAAUUAGGAGACAGACUAUAGGAGGAUUUGGAUUAAGUAUAAAGGGUGGAGCAGAACAUAAUAUUCCAGUGGUCAUUUCUAAGAUUUCCAAAGAACAAAGAGCUGAACUUUCAGGUUUGCUUUUUAUAGGAGAUGCAAUUCUACAGAUUAAUGGAAUUAAUGUGAGAAAAUGCAGACACGAAGAAGUGGUUCAGGUCCUUCGCAAUGCAGGGGAAGAAGUGACCCUAACUGUGUCCUUUCUGAAAAGAGCGCCUGCUUUUCUCAAACUGCCACUGAAUGAAGAUUGUGCAUGUGCCCCCAGCGACCAAAGCAGUGGCACAUCCUCUCCCCUGUGUGACAGUGGUUUGCAUCUCAACUACCACCCCAACAACACGGAUACAUUAUCAUGUUCUUCAUGGCCAGCAUCCCCAGGACUUAGGUGGGAAAAAAGGUGGUGUGAUCUCCGAUUAAUUCCACUUCUUCAUUCACGAUUUUCCCAGUACCUUCCAGGAUCAGAUUUGUGCAGGCAAAAUGCAUUCCAAGUAAUUGCUGUGGAUGGGGUUUGCAGUGGAAUAAUUCAGUGUCUCUCUGCUGAAGACUGUAUUGACUGGCUACAAGCAAUAGCAAGUAACAUUUCCAACCUCACAAAGCACAAUAUAAAAAAAAUCAACAGGAAUUUUCCGGUAAACCAGCAGAUAGUCUACAUGGGCUGGACGGAAGAACGGGAACAAGACUCCCUUCAGGAUCGAAUGUACACACCAAAGUUUCUAGCACUGAGGGGAUCUUCCCUGUAUAAAUUUAUAGCACCUCCAGUCACAACCUGGGAUUGGACGCGAGCUGAGAAAACGUUUUCAGUUUAUGAGAUAAUGUGCAAAAUUCUCAAGGACAGUGAUUUACUGGACCGGCGGAAACAUUGCUUCAGUGUCCAGUCUGAAUCUGGAGAAGAUCUUUACUUUUCUGUGGAGCUAGAGCCUGACCUUACACUAUGGGAAAAAGCCUUCCAAACAGCAACUUUUUUAGAAGUCGAACGUAUACAGUGCAAGACAUAUGCCUGUGUUUUGGAAAGUCAUCUUAUGGGACUUACCAUUGACUUUAGCAUGGGUUUUGUCUGUUUUGAUGCUGCCACAAAGGCUGUACUUUGGAGGUACAAGUUUUCCCAGCUCAAGGGUUCUUCAGAUGAUGGGAAGAGCAAAAUCAAAUUUUUGUUCCAAAACCAAGAUACUAAACAAAUUGAAGCAAAGGAGCUGGAAUUUUCCAACCUGUUUGCAGUUCUUCACUGUAUCCACUCAUUCUUUGCAGCCAAAGUGGCUUGUUUGGACCCUUUAUAUGUAGGCAGUCAAGCCACAGCUUCUGCUGCUCCCACAACUUCUGGUACUGGCAAAUUAAAGUAUACUACUUGACUUCUCAUAUGACAGCACUGCCACUUAACAACAAGAUAUAACAAUGUAUAUUCGUAAGAUGUAGACCUUUGGUGAACCAUGUCCAUGGAAACCAAUCCUGGAGGCAAGACAUCUUCCAGCAUCAGCAGAUAAAUCGUCAUGUGGGAUCAUAGAUCCAUCUCUGUUCUACAAGACAUCAGUAUAUAGCCCUAGUCAAAACCCCAGAAUAGGAUGGAUAUGCUUUUAGUAUGAUCUAUUUGUACUUACAUAGUGCUUUAAGCAACACUGGAAACAAAGGAGUAAAUGACAAAAUUAAGCACUUCGGUAUUUAAUAAAAUUUUCAAAU